CUUCAUUUCUCACACCUGCCGCCUUACAUUCACAAGGACUGCAACACUGAGACAUUACGAAGUUCGAGGCGCUUAUCUGGCCAUGGAUUCACCCGCUGUCGCUGCCGCUAGCAUGUCAGAGUUCCAUCUCUUUUCUAGCCUACCCUCGGAGUUGCGCCUACGAAUCUGGGAGCUGGCUAUGGAACCUCGCGAAGUUGCCGUUGGUCGAGGACUAUCCCGUCGCCGCCGCUCAGACACAGCCCUCCCGGCGAUAAUGCUUUCCUGUACUGAAUCUUGGGCUCAUCUCCGGCCGUUUUACAAGAAAAGCUUUCCAACAGGCACACCUCCACAGUUCUCUUGGGUUAAUUUCGACAUCGAUACUGUGUACUGCAGUUUUGAGGAGCUCAUCUACUGUAACGAUGAGAUCCCCCUGAUACAACGCCUGGUUGUAGAAUGUCAAGACUCUGAGCUAUUCUACUCCAAGUACGGCCGUCGCUUGUAUCUCGCCAGAGCUUUAGAUACACUUACUAUCUUGCAUUUUGGCUAUGAUGCAGUACACGAAAGUUGGUGGCGGGAGUGGGACGAUAUCUUGCAAGAGUGGUAUUACCGAGACGACCCUGUCAGAUUCUACACUAAGGUUGUUAGUGUGGACGACCCUUCCAGUUUUGAGGUGAAUAGCAAGAACUUCCUGAAAAUUGAGCGUGAGUGGCGCAGGAACAACCCACCGCCUCCGGAAGAAUGGCCAGACUAUCAAGUGUCAGAUUCGGACGACGAUGUGGAUGCAGAGUGGAGAUAUCGCACGGGUUACCAUCAUGUAGAUGGCUGCAGUUGUCCUUCUCGGCGUACAUAGCUAGUUCCCUUGCUCUGCCGUGUCGGCCUUAUAUG